AUGUCGUAUUUAUUGGGGCCCGACGCCAACGACGCAGCCGGCAAGGACGAGAUUACCUUUGACAUACCGAAAGAGUGCAAGGCGGGAGUCGUGGUGAAUGAAGGUCCCAAUUUCCACAUCGAGGUACAGAUGGUGCCCGUUCCAGAACCAGGUCCCGACGAAGUCCUGAUAAAACUCAACGUGACUGGCAUCUGCUUCUCAGAUCUCCAUUUCGCCAUGGGCGACCUGGGCCCGCCCAUGUCCGCGUUCGGCGUGCGAUCUCCGGGCCACGAGGGCGCCGGCGUCGUCGUCAAGGUAGGCUCGAACGUCAAGAAUUGGAAGGUCGGCGAUCGGGCGGGCAUGAAGCCACGCUGGUCCGUCUGUGGAGACUGCGACCUCUGUCUGGACGACAAGGAGGCGUACUGCCGCAAAUCGCAGCUCUGUGACCUGCUGAUCAACUUCCACAGCUAUGUCACGUCCCCGGCGCACUACACGCAGAGAAUUCCCGACGGCGUGGACGACUAUGCAGCAGCCCCCAUAAUGUGCUCUGCGGGAACCAUGUAUCGCGCGCUGCGUCUUGCGACUCUGAAGCCGAACAACUGGGCCGUGUUCCUUGGCGGAGGUGGCGGCGUGGGCAUUCAAGGCGUGCAGCUGGCCGCGGCGAUGGGGCUUCGACCGAUCGUGGUGGACACGGGAGACGAGAAAGAGAAGCUCGCCAUCUCUCGGGGUGCAAAAGCCUUUAUCGACUUCAAGCGCGUUGACGAUCCGGUCGCGGAGGCAGUCAAGAUCGCAGACGGGAUCGGAGCACAUGGAGUGUUCGUCACGGCGGGCAAUUCCUAUCCAUCCGCCAUCUCGUACACGGGCACACGCGUCGGUGCUGUGGUAUCGUGUAUAGGACUCCCACACAACAAAGAGCUUACCAUCGGAGCACCACCUACCAAAUUCAUCACUCAGGGACUGACCGUGCGCGGUUCAAUGGUGGGGAGUAGAGCCGACAUCGCCACGACACUUCAAUACGCCGCAGCUGGAAAGAUCUCUGGUGACCACACAAUCUAUCCGAUUGACAGACUCCCAGAGGCGGUGGAGAGGAUCAGAAGAGGUGAAGCGGCUGGAAGAGGCGUGGUGGAUUUUAACCUCUAG